AAAAGAAAAAAAGAAAAAAGUGAAAAAAAAGAAAAAAAAAACUGGCCACAAGAAGGAGAAGAAGAAGAAGAAGAAGUGAGCGUCUGUCCAGCUGCUGAUUAAAGCAACGAAACAAUGGAUGACUGACAAAUAAGAAAACCUGACUGAACUUUUUCCUUCCCAGGAGCGCAGCGCCACAUCACUCUCCGAAGACUUUUACGCUUCUUUUUUUUCGACUCUAAAAUUUUUCUCCAUCUUUCCCGGCGAAAAGGAGACACCUUUCUGUUUGGAUUCUUCCCCUCGAGAACCACCCGAGGCACCUUUACGGAGGAUUUUAUUUUCUUUCCUUUUUUUUCUUUUUUCUCUCUCGAUAUUUUUAAAACAAAGAAAAUCCGGUCAGAGAUAAAUCCUUCUCCUCCAGAGACGCGUGUUGGGGAUGUUGAGUUCUGUGAAGAUGGAAGCGCAUGAUCUACCAGAGUGGAAUACUUUCUACAGCGAGGCCAGCGAGAUGUAUUCCUCUCCCAGCACCAUGAACUCUGGUCUGGGCUCCAUGGGCUCCAUGGGAACCAUCAACAGCUACAUCAACCUGAACCCGGCCACCGCCUCCCCCGCCGGCAUGAACAUGGCGUACCCCAGCUCCAGCCUCAGCAGCUCCCCUCUGGCCUCCAUGGGCUCCGGGCCGGGCCACAUGUCGCUCUCCCCGGUGGCCUCUUCCCUUAGCUCGGGCUCUCUAACCCAGCUGGGCCCCGCCGCUCCGGGCUCGCUGGGCUCUUUGUCCCACUACCAGAACAUGGGCCAGUCCAUGGGCCAGCUGGGGUACCCCUCCACCGCCACCCUGAGCCGGGCCGGCCCCAAGGAGAUCCCCCCGAAGCCCUACCGCCGCUCCCUGACCCACGCCAAGCCGCCGUACUCCUACAUCUCCCUCAUCACCAUGGCCAUCCAGCAGAGCGGCAGCAAGAUGCUCACCCUGAACGAGAUCUACCAGUGGAUCAUGGACCUGUUCCCCUACUACCGCGAGAACCAGCAGCGUUGGCAGAACUCCAUCCGCCACUCGCUGUCCUUCAACGACUGCUUCGUGAAGGUGGCUCGCUCGCCGGACAAACCGGGCAAAGGCUCCUACUGGACUCUGCACCCGCAGUCGGGCAACAUGUUCGAGAACGGCUGCUACCUGCGGCGCCAGAAGCGCUUCAAGAUCGAGGACAAGAUGGCGAAGAAGGGAGGCAAGAGCCAGGAGGGGGGUUCAGGGAAAGGAGGCCACAGCGACCACCUGGUGGAGGACCGGAGCCCCACGGGGGGAUCCGAGGGAGCCGACUCCGCCCACUCAGACAACUCCCACCCGGGCUCCUCGGACGACCAGCCUCACCCCAGGAGCGCCCUGGUUCCACUGGACUGCCCUCCGCUGUCCUCCUCACACCUCCACAGCCCGCCCGUCUCCCUGCCGCCCUCCUCCUCCUCCGCCUCCUCCUCCAUCCCUCCGUCCUCCUUGUCCCUCUCCGGCACCUCCUCCUCCUCCAACCCGCUGCUCCACUCCCAGUCUCUCGCCGGCAGCUCCCACCUCCUGCCCAGCGCCAUGCAGCAGCACAUGGACCUACAGAGCGACGCCCUCAAGUCGCUGGACCCCCACUACAACUUCAACCACCCGUUCUCCAUCACCAACCUCAUGUCCAACGAGCAGAAGAUGGACCUCAAGUCCUACCAGGACCAGGUGAUGGCCUACAACAGUUACACCAGCGGCUCUCCCGUGGGGGCCAAGCAGAUCUACGACAGCCCGGGUCCGGCCGCGAUGGACUCCGGCGCUUAUUACCAAACUCUGUACAGCCGCUCGGUGCUCAACGCCUCCUAAUGUGGACGCUCACACCCGUCCGCAGGGCCAAGAUGGAGACUCCUGUUUCUAAAAUGGACACCCUAAGCUAUCUUCCUCUUUCUUUCCCCUCUCUGGCUCUCGUCCAGCGGCCUUCGCAGAGACUCACAUCUAAAAUGGCCGCUGUGUUCGAGGGGACCACAGAACAUUUUUCUGAGACUGGCUGGUUACACGGAGGACAGAAAAAAAAAAAAAUGAAGACGUUCGUAAGUGAAAAGUCAGAUCCCCAAUGAGCUUUGUAUAAAAUGUAAAUAGAGGCAAUGUUGAUGGGGGGGUGGGCGGGGGAGGGGAGGGGGAGGGAAAGGUUAUGUGCAUUUAUUUAUGAAGGGAAUAAAUUUUAAUAUAUCUCGUAUAGUCGACCAGUUACAACCCAAAUGUGAGGCUUUUUUUUUUUUUUUUUAACCGAAGACGGAGAGAAGAAGUUUCAGGUUACUGCUUCAGGCAGGUGUUACUGCAGUGGGAGACAGUUCAAUUCAUGUUUUCUUUAUGUGUCUCUGUGUGUGUGUGUGUGUGUGUGUGUGUGUGUGUGUGUGUGUGUGUUACAGCAGAAUCGGUCAUUUGUCCCAUUUGGUUCCGUCACUUGUGUCAGAUCAGGCGGAGCUCAUGAAGUUUGGUUGAUAUGAAGAAGGAAAAACAAACAUUUCGUCCUCGCCGGAGCAAAGAAAAAAAAAUGCAACUGUGGUAAAAAGCAAAAAAAAAAAAAGGAUGAUGUGUUUCUUGUUGCUCGUGGCCCAAAUCAUUUCCUACAUGAAUGCAUUUCAGCCGGCGAGGUGCAGUUACUAAAACAGAGGAGGGGAGGAGAGAUGCACUAUGGGAGGAUUUACAUACAGUACUUUGCACUAUGGAGCUCCCACUGGCCAGGUGGGCUGAUAGUGUGUGUGUGUGUGUGUGUGUGUUUGCACGCGUGUGUGUUACAACAAUGCUUAGGAACGCCCUCCUUUACACUGUCAAUGCAUCGGCUCAAUGGGAUCAGUGUGACAAUGUCCAAGGGUGUCGAAUGACCCUUCAAAAA